CUCAGGACUUCACAGACAAGAGUUAAGCACCGUUGAAAUGAUUUCCAGCUAGUCAUGUAACACAUCCAUGCUCAGCGGGACUAAGUUCUAGGACUUUACGGCACGACAACCUCACAACUAUUACAGCUUUUCAAGGCUGUUUGUUGAAUUAAUUGGAGGUCACACAAACAGAAACGCAAGCACCAUGAACUCCCAGGGCAACUUUGGCAGCAGCCUGAUGUUUCAGUCCAUCAACGAUGAACUGAGCGCGUCUUUGGCCACAGCAGAUGAGCUUUCACGGGAAUUCAGCUCUCUCCUGUCAGAAGCCACUCCUGUUGUGCAAACAACUACUACAGAGAGUUCUGGCCCCAAACCCCAGAGCAGCAGCAAUGGCAAUGGCAGUUUGUACAGCACAAACAAGAAUGGAAAUGAGAGCAUCGGUACAAGCUUCUCCUUUUCCCAGAGCUCCAUGAGUAGCCUGAGCUCUGAUUCUGGCAUCAGCAGGAAAGAAUCCAACCUGGACCUUCCUCCUGCUGACACAAUACGAUCAUUAUCUCCUGCACCUCACCUAGACAGUAUGAAAUUCAACCCUUCAUCUCCUAGUCCUUUAAUCCAUCAGCAUUCCUCUUUUAUAAACCGUAAGGACAGCUCGGAUUCACGAUAUUCGUUCGACCAAAUGCCUCCCCCUAAUAUGUCUCCAAAUGCAAUAAGACGAAUGACACCGAUGCCGCUGAGGCCUCAAGAUCGAAGCACAAGAGGAUCGUUGAGCUAUGGGGAGCUAUCCAGCCCUACCUAUGAAAACAAAACAUCUCGCACCUCGCUGCAGCCCUUAGCGAGCCCCUUGUCCUCGAUUCCCAGGUCUCCGAGGUUGGAUCAAGCACCUUCUCCUCAGCUUUUUAGUCAACCAGCAGCCAGUACGCUACCACGCAACUUCCAGCCAUUCAGACCCUUAGAAGAAGGAAUGCAUAGGAAAAAGAACCCCUCUAAGUGGAAUGAGAGCGACCUGGAUGCAUCAUAUGAAAGAAAGCCUCACCAGACCUAUGAAAAGAACGAAUGGAUCAGACCAUCUGUAUCCAACAGCAACUGGAAAGAAUCAAACCUGGACGCACCUCCUGCUGCUAAGAAGGAUACUGUGUCCCGUUUGCUCCCAUCAUCUCACAGCUCGCUCCCGAGGAACACUCGUAUCUCAGUGCCCCCUGAACUCGCCUCAAGCACCAGCUCACAUUACAGCCCUCAGCCAAUCAUUUCCCGUAUCUCCAUUCCACCUGCAAGCUCUGGAAUCCGUAAGCAGAGGCCGAUCCCGCUUUCUGUCAUCAUGAGUCUCCAAAACCCUUGCUACGCUACGGUUGUCAGCACAUAUGCCCCUGGGCCAAUGGGAGAGCCCCAGCAAAAGAUCUUUCACCAGCAUCUUCCCCUGCCCCGAGAGUACCUGCAGCAAAAAUUGACACCUCAACCUCAGCAACCUCAAAGACAACCUCCCCAUAGAGAAGCAGUGCUUCACCCUGGAGAUGUUGAUGCUGAGCUUGAGAGACAGGACAAAACAGAAGGCCCUGUGUGUUCGACUGACCAAGGCAUGAAACCAGAAGAAGAGGGUAAAGUAGAGGACAUAGAGAUGCCUCCUCGCCCUCUCAGCCCCACACGUCUGCAGCCCAUGGUGGCCCCACAGGCGGAGUUGGACACUGACCUGGACGAAGUGAUGCGUAUCCGGGCCGAGUUCCCCAGGGCCCUGAAGAAACGCGGCUCAGUCGAAGUUCCUCAGAACCUGUACAACCAGCCCCAUACCCAACCGCACAACCAUUACAAGCAAUUGAUCAAUAAACUGUUUAACAGGAAGACCAUCCGUGUCAAAGGAGAACCAGCUGCUGAAAGUAGCAGCUCUUCAGAUGGGGAAGACACUUCCAAAUCUCCUGCAGCUAUAGUUUCAGUACCAAUCACAGAGAUACAGGUCUCUUCUGAACAGAAGGGUAUUCACUCUAUCUUACGGAAGGGCAGCAAAGCCAAUAAGUCCUCCAGCCGUAAGGCUCACCUGAGCCCACUGGUGCUGAUGUUGGAUGGGUCCUUAGUAGGAGAGUUAGAAACUGUACAGGAGGCUGCGCAGGAGGUGAGUGACCCAAGCCAGGCUAAUGAUGAAGGCAUCACAGCCCUUCACAAUGCCAUCUGUGGUGGACACUUCCCAGUGGUGGAGUUCCUUGUGCGGAUAGGGGCCAACGUUAGUGCUCCAGACAGCCACGGCUGGACGCCCUUGCAUUGUGCUGCAUCCUGUAAUGACCAGAGAAUGUGUGAGUUUCUGGUGCGGAACGGAGCAGCAGUGAUGGCUGUGACAGACAGCGAUGGGGCCACUGCGACGCAGAAGUGUGACCCCUACACCCCGGGCUUCGAAGAGUGUGAGAGCUUCCUGAGAGGUGUGGAGGAAGUGAUGGGUGUAGAGAACAGUGGAGUGGUGUACGCUCUGUGGGGAUAUCCUGCCCAGGCUCUAGACGAACUGAGCUUCAAAGAAGGGGACAUGGUGACCAUCCUGAAGAAGCCUGAAGGGGUGGACUGGUGGUGGGCUUCACUGUUUGGCAGGGAGGGCUUCGUACCAAACAACUACUUUGGGCUUUUUCCAAAAGUGCGGCCUAAAUCACUCUGCUGAACGCAUCCACGAACAUAGAAGACAACAGCGAUCAAUGCAUCUGAAUCUUCUGAAGCUUCUUCCUUCCCUUUAAAUUGUGUUUAAUGAACCGCUAUGAUGGGAUUUUAAAUAUGCACACUGUACAUCUUUUCUCUAUAGACCACCAUGACAAAGUCGCUUCACUGGGAAUAGUGGUUAUGCAGGUUUAUAUAGACUUGUCAUUAAAAAGAGUUUUAGCUUGUAAAGCUAAGCAUUCUACCUAUUUUAUUUGAGAAUAGGGAUUCAGUUUCAUUGUAUGAACAAACUGAACUGGAUUUGAUACAUAAAUGCAUAAAGUCUCUAAAAGACUUUGUUUGUUCGGAAUGGUUCAUUCUUUGUCUUGAUUAAUGUUUUUCAGCACUGAGCAGGAAGGAAAUUCGUCAGUCUAUCAGUAUUGCUUUUGUUUAUGCAUACUUUGCAUGUUAGUGUAUCAGUUGUUAAUCAGUAAUGUUGCAUAGAUACAAAAAAUGUUUUUUUUAAGAAAUGUAUUUGAAUAACUGGUGUCCUUACGCAGCUUUGGAUUAUUUAAAGUAUUCCAAACUAAAACGUUAGGCUUUUUUAUGUAUCUUUUAAACUUGUUUUUCCUGUCUGUUUUCACAGUGAUCUUUGUAGUAUGAAAUAUGAGCAAAAGGUUUCUAAUAUUAAAUAUUUGCUUUGAUGUGAGGGAAGUUUGUUUUAGAGGUGUGUGUGUGUGUGUGUGUGUGUGUGUGUGUGUGUGUGUGUGUGUGUGUGUGUUUCUUUUAUUUGCCUUGUUGAAUCCAUUGACUGUGACUGUUAAGAAGACAAUGACAAAUUGUUACUCUCUGUAAUACUCUUGCACAAAAGGAAAAUAAAUACUAAUUGUAGAUUU